AUGUCCAAAGAUCUCAGCAACGUCAAGGCCUUGACCUUCGACGUCUUCGGGACGGUCGUAGACUGGCGCUCUUCCGUCACGGAUGAACUCACGUCCCGCGCGUCCACCAAAGCCACCUCUAAUGCUCUCGGUCCAGAAGCCAAAGACAAACUUGCCGCGGUAGACUGGCCCGCGUUCGCCCAGGAGUGGCGAAACUCGUACAAGCACUUCGUCCACGGCUAUGUCCCCGGCGAGACAGCAUGGAAGGACAUUGACGCACACCACUACGACAGCCUCGUUGAGCUCCUCGGUACACAUCACCUCGAGGGCGUAUUCUCCGAGGACGAGAUCCGCGACUUGAGCCUGGUAUGGCACCGUCUGCGCCCCUGGCCUGAUUCCGCGGCCGGGCUGCAACGUCUUGGGAGCAAGUUUGUGACGGCGACCUUGUCGAACGGGAACCGGACGCUGCUGGAGGACUUGGAUGCGUUUGGCGGGUUGGGUUUCCGGAAGAUCAUGUCGGGGGAGGAUUGGAAGGCGUAUAAGCCGAACCCGGUAGUGUAUGACGGCGCCGUGGAGGCAUUGCUGGGGAAGGGUGGUGAGAAGGGGGACGUUGCGAUGGUAGCGGCGCAUUUGGGGGACUUAUACGCGGCGAGGGGAAGAGGUUUGAGGACUGUGUAUGUGGAGAGGGCGAGGGAGGAGGAUUGGGAGGUUGGGAGUCAGAAGUAUGAGGACGCCAAGGUCUGGGUUGAUGUUUGGGUGAAGGUGGAUGAAGGUGGGUUUGAGGAGGUUGCGAGGAGAUUGGGGGUCUGA